AGCCACUCACCUUGACACUGCUCCAUUUCUACUCUCCACUGCUCUCCCCACUCCAUGCUCCCCCCACCUCGCCUUCUCCGCCACUAGUCUCAUUAGCUCUCUCUCUCACUCUGCCUCCAUAGCCACUCCUCUGCCUCCUUGCGUCUCUCUCUGUCUCUUUCUCUCUUUCUUACCACGAUGGCGACUACGGCGAGUGCCUCCUCCAUGGCUGGUGCCGUUGUGGUGCCAUCGCUGGCCACCGCGUCCACCUCCUCGCGGCGAGUGUCGUCGAAAAUGGGAGUGCGGAAACUGAAGAAUUUCGGCGGGUUGAAGUCCGACAGCCAGGUGACCCGUAUGGGCAUGCCCGUGAGUACCGAGGAAGCUUUUGCCUCUGUGAAGGCGAAGUGCAGUGGCCGCGUGUCUCGGGGUGGAGCUCUGGCUGCUAACUGCGAUGUUGCGUCCGAGAUUUUCCGCAUUGUGCCCAUCAUGAGCGGGCUUACCCUCGUCGGUAUCGCUAUUGGCUUCGUGCUGUUGCGUGUGGAGGCGGCCGUCGAGGAGUCGGAGUGAAGGUCUUGUCGGCACUCUCUCUCACGUUCUGAAAACUUAUUUGUCGAAUUUUCAUAUCGUUUCAACGGUAGGAAUUAGUGGUUUUAGCUCGUUGUUUCUCUUGAACCUUUUCAAGUGUGAUGCGGCUGGUAGUAACACUUUGAGCGUAGGUUGUGUAGCUCUGUACAAUGCUGUUGCAAUUUCCCCCGCAGUUACUACUACGGGUAGCAUACGUGAAAUUUAAUUUGAUCUUUCAGUCACGAUUAUGGUAACUCAA